AAUAAACUGUCAAGUUGGCUUACAAUUGAAAUGCUAUUAGUGAGACUCACAAAGCAACUAGAAUUAAGCUUUUUUCACUCCAUUUCAAAAUAUAAAAUAUUACAACAAUUUAUCAACAAGAUCGACUAUUAUUCAGACCGCUAUGGCUAAAUGCAUGUUAAUUAUCUCAAUAUUAGCAACCUUAUCCUUUUCAGUUUACUGUGCAUCAGAUAAUGAUAAAAUGCUCAAACAGCAGGUCCAAAUAUUGUGCAAAGACUUCAUUAAGACUGCAAACUUUCAAUAUAUCCGUGAAAUCCUCAAAAACGAUGAUUGCUGGCAAAAGAUUUUACCUAGUGAUAUUUAUGCUCGGUAUGUCAAGUGUGGAGAGAAAUUAGAUUUCAAAACGAUCGAUCAGUUCACCCGGUUUUGUUCAAACAUUGAUGCAAGCAUUGGACUCAUAAAAGAGUCUGGUAUUUGUGCGAACGAAUUGAUAACUCAAGAGUUUAGCGAAAAAUUUACUAAAUGUUUGGAGCAAAGGAGAAACACGAUGAAAAAUAAUGAUAUGUCCAUCCAAAUUAGUAAAUGAUAUGUUGGAUUCAAAUCUUCAAAUAUCUUUGAUCUUCGUCUUAACCUAUCAUUCAAGCUCUGUUAAGGAUAAAGUUGAUCUUUAACAUUAUCUUCCCUGUUAUUUUCCAGUUUUCCUAAAAUUCCUGUUAUUCCGUUAUUUCUAUCAUGCAAAUUAUGGAUAAAAUGAAUUUUUAAAUUGAUAACUAAACUGUUCAAUCUAAAUGUUACAGCUAAAUCGAUCGCCUUUUAAGAUAUUGACUUAUUAUUAUAAUAUAUUUUGACUGUUCAAAUAAAUUGAUAAAAAUUACUGACUAUCGA